AUGCCUCACCUCAAACUACGCGAUGGUGCCGAACUCUUCUACAAGGAUUGGGGUAAUCCGAACGGCGCAAUCGUCACUUUCUCCCACGGGUGGCCACUGAGCAGUGACAAUUGGGAAAACCAAAUGAUGUUCCUGGCCGACCAUGGCUUCCGCGUGAUCGCUCAUGAUCGACGCGGCCACGGACGAUCAACCCAGACCUGGGAUGGGAACAACAUGGAGACCUUCGUCGAUGACCUUGAAGAGCUGUUUGAGCAUCUAGGGGUCAAGAAUGCAGUGAUGGUCGGGCAUUCACAUGGAGGAGGGGAGGUCACCCGUUAUCUCGGCAAACACAGCACGAAGCGAUUCAAAAAAGCAGUCCUAGUCGGCGCGGUACCACCCCUCAUGCUGAAGACCGACCUGAACGCCGAGGGGCUGGACAAAUCCGUCUUCGACUCGUUCCGUCAGGCCAUGCACAAAGAUCGUGCCCAGUUCUUCUUGGAUGUACCCAGUGGGCCAUUCUUUGGGUUUAACCGACCUGGUGCGCAGAAGAGCGAGGGUCAGAUCCGGAGCUGGUGGCAGCAGGGAAUGAAUACCAGUUUCAAAUCGGCUUAUGACUCAAUCAAAGACUUCUCGGAGACGGAUUUCACAGAGGAUUUGAAGAAAAUCAAUAUUCCCGUCCUGGUUCUCCACGGUGAUGAUGAUCAGGUCGUUCCGAUCCAGGCGGCUGGGCUCAAGUCGGCAAAGCUUUUGCCCCAAGGCAAGCUGAAGAUUUAUAAAGGAGGAUCCCACGCCAUUCAUAACAUCAAUGUGGAUGACGUCAACAAGGAUCUGCUUGAAUUUAUCAAGGCAUAA